UGUCACUGUCAAAAUUCAGGAAAGUAAACACUAUCUCACACUGAUGAUUUGUUUUCAAUUCCUCCGAAGGGCCGGUCGUUAAAAAUGUGUAACGACAUGGACAACUUAUUCAAACCCAUUAUCAUGGUGACAGGGUUCGGCCCGUUCGCUAACCACCCAGUGAACGCGAGCUGGGAAGCGGUCAAGCUCAUUAACAAAGAGGAAAUCGAAAGGAAACACAACUGCGAGCUUGUACUCAUCGAAAUCCCUGUUACUUAUGAAAAUGUUGACGAGUUUGUGCCUGCCUUGUGGGAAACACACAGUCCUAAAUUCAUGAUGCAUGUUGGAGUAUCUGGUGUCGCCAACUGCUUCACAAUAGAAAUGCAAGCCCACAAGAAAGGCUACCAGCGUAUGGACUACUUUGACAAAUGUCCUGCUGACCACGUCUGCCCGGCUGAGGGUGCCAUCAGAAUCCACACAAAGCUCAAUGUGGAGGGAUUGUGCAAAGAGUUCAAUGAUAGCAUUUCACCUGAGGAGAAAACAAGUGCUGUGUGCUCUAAAGAUGCUGGGAGAUAUCUGUGCGAGUACAUCUACUAUACCUCCUUAAGCGUGGACAAUAAAAGAACUCUGUUCGUGCACGUCCCUGACAUCAACGUGUACCCCUCGGAGCAGACCGCACGAGGGCUCGAGAGGAUCCUCGACAUCUGUCUAGACCAGAUAAACCAAGCCGAACAAACGAAAGAAGUCACAGAGAAGCUAAAGGAAACCAAUUUAAACGAUGGACACGAAAGUAAUAAAAUUUAGGUGAUAAAUAAGCUUAGGCGCCCGUAUAGUUGCUAGGCAUGCUGAAAAGCUUUGGCAUUAGAUUCUUAGCAUGAAGCGUCGUCUUUUAUUGUGGUUUUGAAAGAUGUACAACCCUCCUAGAAUGUGGCAAAUAAACACGACACGAACGGCUUUGUCGUUUGAUUGUGACUGGCGUAUCUCACACGUUAGUUUCGUGUUAAACGACACGACCGUCCCUGUCAUUCGAUUGUGAUAGGUCGAAAGAUCAAUACGUGACUCACGUGUCCAUCUCUUGACCAAUCAUAAUGAAACGAUGCGGCCACACGUGUCGUUUUAUUCUACAUUCUAAAGGGGUUGAGCACGAGGAACAAAUUGUAUAUUUUAAGCAAUCUAUAUACGUAUGUACUUAUUGCAUUUACAAUAUAAAUUGUAGACUGUAAUCAAACUUUUUACCUCAAUCUAUACCAUUUACGGUUUUAUGCCGCGAGAGCAGGAACGAACUAUGGAAAGAUUUAGUUUAAUAUGACUGCCAAGGAAAAUUGUUGAGUAGUCACAAAGUGUAUACAAUUUCAGUAAGAUAUAAUUAUACUUUCAUAAUAACCCAUUUCAGGCGUAGUUGAUAGACAUCAUUAACAAUUCAAGCGACUUGCUCAUAAUAUUUGUUAUUUUAAAUAUUAAAAACAUUCAAAAGUAUAUUCAUUCAUAAUCUAAUUAGAAGGACGCCAUACCUACGUAAUUAAAAAAAAUGGUUUCAUAGCCUCACUAAAAAUGAUAAAAAUCUUAAUAUUUACUAAUCUAUUUAACGGUUUAUAAGAUAAAUUCUAACAAACUUCCACACAUAGCUUCCACAAUACCAAAGAUUUUGACAUUGCAAUACUACAAUUCUUAAAGACUGCAUUACAUGUAAUUUUUUAGUAUACUAUUUUCAGUAAGAAAUAAAAUCUUUUGGUUCGGUCAUUCUUUAUCUCGCGGCAAUUUAGUAUUAUUGUAUCUUAGACAGUUGGAAUCCCCAGUUAAAUGAGUUUCUGAUAUCAAAUACUUACGUAAUUUUUACUGUUAAUUUCGAUCUACAACUACAGUAGUAAGAAAUAACAUAUUAUUUAUUUUUCACUUGGCAAUUUAACAUUAUUGUAUUUUGUAUAGGCGGUAUUCCCAGUUAUUUGAGUUUGUGAUAUCAAAUACGUAUUUUUUUAGCUAAUUUCGAACUGCACAAUAUUUAAACUACUUAUGAAAUGUACAAAUUGUAUAUUGUUAUUAUACGUUUAUUAGUUGAU